AUGGCAAAGGGUCUGCAGGGCUUCUUGUGGACCAUGCUGCUGCUGUUCUGCACCAUCCAGGAGCUGGGGGCCUGGGCCAUGCACACUGCGAUGGAGGGCCCUGGCCUAGGGCAGCCGGCGGACCCUGCCUUGCUGGCCAGCGGGCGAGUGAAGCGUGGCUGGGUCUGGAAUCAAUUCUUUGUGGUGGAGGAAUACACAGGCACGGAGCCACUGUAUGUGGGGAAGAUCCACUCGGACUCGGAUGAGGGGGACGGCUCCAUCAAGUACACUAUCUCCGGGGAGGGCGCAGGGACUAUCUUCCUCAUCGAUGAGAUCACAGGUGACAUCCAUGCCACCGAGCGCCUGGACCGGGAGCAGAAAACCUUCUACACACUGCGGGCUCAGGCCCGUGACCGGCAGACGGACCAGCUGCUGGAGCCUGAGUCAGAGUUCAUCAUCAAGGUGCAGGACAUCAACGACAGCGAGCCACGCUUCCUGGAGGGGCCCUACAUCGGCAGUGUGGCUGAGCUGUCCCCCAUCGGCACCUCUGUGAUGCAGGUGAUGGCAUCUGAUGCUGAUGACCCCACAUAUGGGAGCAGUGCCCGGGUAGCCUACAGUGUGCUGGAGGGCGAGCAGCACUUUACUGUGGACAGUAAAACAGGUGUGAUCCGGACAGCCGUGGCUGACCUGGACCGUGAGACGCAGGACCGGUAUGAGGUGGUGAUCCGUGCAACGGACAUGGCGGGACAGCUGGGUGGCCUGUCUGGAUCCACCACAGUCACCAUCGUAGUCACCGAUGUCAAUGACAACCCACCACGCUUCCCUCAGAAGAUGUAUCAGUUCAGCAUUGUUGAAACUGCCCCUGUGGGCACUGCCAUCGGGAGGGUGAAGGCAGAGGAUUCUGACGUCGGGGAGAACACGGACAUGAUGUAUCGGGUGAAGGAUGAGGAAGGGGUGGAGAUGUUCAAAGUCACCACAGACAGCAAUACCCAAGAGGCUGUCAUCACAGUACAGAAGCCUCUUGACUAUGAGUCGAAAAAAGUGCACACUGUCGUGGUGGAGGCCCUCAAUAAGUUUGUGGACCCGCGGUUCGUGGACCUGGGCACCUUCCGGGACCAGACCAUUGUGCGAGUCUCGGUGCUGGACGUCGACGAGCCCCCUGAGUUCCGGCCCCCUUCCAACCUGAUGGAGGUCCAGGAGGAUGCGGACAUUGGCUCUGUCGUGGGGAUGGUCACCGCCCUCGACCCAGACACAGCGAACCAUCCUGUCCGGUACGCCAUCGACCGCAGCACGGACGCAGAGAGGAUCUUUGACAUCGAUGCCAACACAGGUGCCAUUGUGACAGGAAAGGUCCUGGACCGGGAAACGGCAGGGUGGCAUAACAUCACUGUCCUGGCAAUGGAAGCAGAUAAUCACUCACAGGUGUCAAGAACCUCUCUCCGUAUCCGCAUCCUGGAUGUGAAUGACAACCCGCCUGAGCUUGCCACCCCCUAUGAAGCUGCUGUGUGUGAGGAUGCCAAGCCAGGCCAGCUGAUCCAGACAAUAAGUGUUGUGGACCGUGAUGAGCCUCAGAGCAGCCAUCGUUUCUACUUCACACUGGCACCUGAAGCCAACAGCAACCACUAUUUUUCACUACUGGAUAUUAAGGACAACACGGCUGCGGUGCACACGCAGAGAAUGGGCUUCAAUCGCCAGGAGCAGGAUGUGUACUUGCUCCCCAUUUUGGUGGUGGACAGUGGCCCCCCAGCCCUCAGCAGCACGGGGACCCUGACCAUCCGUGUCUGCGGCUGUGACAGCAACGGGGCCAUCCAGUCCUGCAACAGCACAGCCUACGUCAUGUCAGCUACACUGAGCCCCGGCGCACUCAUCGCACUGCUGGUGUGCAUCCUCAUCCUGGUUGUGCUGGUUCUUCUGAUCCUCACGCUGAAGCGACACCACAAAAGCCACCUGACAUCUGAGGAUGACGAGGACAUGAGAGACAAUGUCAUCAAGUACAACGACGAAGGGGGUGGUGAGCAGGACACGGAGGCCUAUGACAUGUCAGCUCUGCGCAGUCUCUACGACUUCAGUGAGAUCAAAGGCAGUGAUGGAGUAGGGCCAGGAGAGGGGGGCCUGAGUGGAAACUCGGCCUCUGAGCUCCAUGCCCUCCCGCAGUGGGUGCAGAGCCCAGACCUGGACUUCUCCGUGUUCAGAGACUAUAUCUGCAAGAAGGUGGAGCAGGCAGAUGAGGACCUCUCUGUACCGCCCUACGACUCGUUCCAGACCUACGCCUUCGAGGGCUCAGACUCCCCCGUGCCCUCCCUGAGCUCCAUCAACACCUGGUCCAGUGGCUCGGAGCAAGACUUCUCCUACCUGGGGGCCUGGGGGCCACGUUUCCGGCAGCUGGCAGCACUGUAUGCUGGGCGCAGGGGCGAGGAGGACAGCGAGGAGUCCUAG